AAGGCGCAGCGGAUACACGCGCCCGUGUUACCAACAUGUUCUAAGUGCUAAGUUAAUAACUUAAAGAUGUCGAAGUAUAAUUUGCUGUUAGCUAUCUUUCUGACAUUAUGUCUGAUCAGCGUAUCGUCGCUGCCAAGUCCGACAACAGAGGAUGAUGACGAUGAUGAUGAAACUACUCCGCAGAGUCGCGCCGACGCUGAUGACGACGGUCGCGUCUACAAGAAUCCGCGCAACUCACCUUCCGCCGAUUGUCCUCGCGACGAGGAACAGGCUACCUUACUUGGCCAGAAAUGUCUACGCAAGUGUUCUUCCGACGAAGACUGCAAAAGCAAGAAGAAGAAAUGCCUCUGCGACGGAGCGUGCGGUAUGUCCUGCAUAAAGCCAGAUCGUGAAUGCCCCGAACUGGAGCAGCCAGAAAUAGGAAAAGUGGUCGUGUCUGGACGUCUGUUUGGAAACAAGGCUACAUACUCCUGUCCGCAUGGGUACCACGUGGUGGGGCUGCAGAGCCGCAGCUGCCAAGCGGACGGCAAGUGGGCCGGACAGCCGCCUGCCUGCAAGGAGAACAUCUACUGCCUCCAACCCCCCACUAUCGAGCACGCACGUCACUCCGCAUUACCAGAGCAGGCGACGUUCGAUCUGGACGCCACCGUACAGUACAACUGUCACACUGGCUACGUCACCAACGGAUUCCCACGCGCUAAGUGCCUUGCUAUCGACGGCCAGGCAUCCUGGUACGGACCUGACAUCAGCUGCGAACCUCGUUCCUGCGGCGAACCAGGCGACGUGCCUCACGGAUGGGUGACCGCUGACUGCCAUACUUUUGGCUGUCGAGCUGUGGUGCAGUGCGGGCAGGGUUUCGAGCUGGUCGGCAAAGCGGAACGCUACUGCCAGGCCGACGGCGCCUGGGCACCUAAAGAACUACCCACAUGUGUCCUGGUCACGCAGGUGCAAUGCCCGCCACCUGAGGCGCCUCGCCACGGGAAAGCGGUGUACACAUCGUGUGCUUACAACUCAGUGGUGUCGUAUGAAUGCAAAUACGGCUAUAGGCUGGUGGGAGACGCGACGAGACGCUGCGGAGCUGACAAGAAAUGGUCUGGAGCUCAGCCUAUGUGUAAAGAAAUUAACUGCGGUCAUCCGGGUCUUCUCUGGAACGGUUGGUUGGAAAACAUAUCCUCCGGGACAGGAUUAGGAGCAUCAAUCAUCUUCAGAUGUCAGGAUGGUAUGAGGAUGGAGGGGAAUGGAUCGGCUAUUUGCCAGAGUGAUGGAACUUGGAGUCAUCCUCUACCUAAAUGCCUUGCUCCCUGCGUCGUUCCUCAUGUAUCUCAAGGCAGAGUGGUGCGAUUAGAGAACAGAACAGAAGACAAUACAACGCAAGAGGUCACACAGAUUGUUGGCAGUUCGACAAUGGUGCAACACGGUGAAGUAAUUUUAGUAGAUUGUGAACAAAAUUACGAGUUCCCAUCUAAUAAUGUAGCAGUUAAUUGCAACAAUGGAACUUGGACGCAAAUACCAAGAUGUCAGCCUGCAAGAUGUAAGAAAAUGCCAAAAUUUCCAAGGAACGGAAUGGUAAUAGCACCAAAGACUGAGCACGGUAUGAAAGCGAGAUUUCGAUGCAAAGACGGCUUCGAGCUCAAAGGAAAUCCUAUAGUUAUUUGUUCCUUUGGGAAUUGGAGCGGAGAGAUGCCGAAAUGCGAGGAAGUAUUUUGUCCCUUCCCUGGAUACAUAGAAAAUGGGAAAGUGUUUCUAGUUGGAAACAUGGGAUUAUACGAUUAUAGACCGUAUGUUAAGAAGGUGGUGAACAAUAAGCAGAUUAUGUACGAAUGUGAGAAAGGUUACGUUUUAUCUGAAGGCCCGCCGGGCGCUACUUGCAUCGGUGGUCACUGGAGUCCAAGAGAAUUACCAAAAUGUACUUUGUACCAACAUCCAAGAAUCAGAUGGAGUCGCCGACGAAGAUCAAUAACAGAACCAGAAAUACGUCACAGAAGAUCUACUUAUCUACGACAAUAUUACAACAAUCUCCGACGUCAAACUGAUCCUAAUCAAGAGUACAUCAAUCAAUUGUAUAAUAAAUACAAUCAUGAUACACAAAAACCAACAUUAAGACAUGCAAAUUUUAAAAUAAUGAAGAAAUUGGAUCUCAAUUUGGAAGAAGAUGAUGAAAUGGUCGGAUCUGAUGUUGGAAAUGAUGAAGAAAAUUUCCCAACAGCCGUUUACACAGUUUACAAUGUACACGGUGAACCAAUUGGUCACAGAUUAUAUUCAUAUCAACCUGUAUAUGAACCAGAAGAUGAGGAUGUUGUUCUUCACGAAGAUGUAGCUGAAUAUGAAGAUUCUGGUGAAUUCGAUGAUGAUUCAACACAUAUCACAAUUCUUAAAGGAGGGUUAUUCCCAGAUCAUGAGUUAGCAACAAAAGAUGACAUGACAAGCGGUAUUAAUGCAUUAAAACAUCAAUAUUUUGAUAGAUACGUCGAUAAACGGCACAAAAGAUUUUCUAAUCAAAAUAAUACAAAUGAAUUGAAGAAAGAAAUAGAUAUAGAUUUACAAAGUGCUGAAACCAGUGUACAAACAACGACUGAUAAAAGUAAAAUCGCAAGAAGUAAACGUAAUAUUAACGUAGAAGAAACAGAAAGAGAAAUAUUCACCGUAAGUCCCAUAGCCAAAACAUCAGGUAUAUAUCAUGAAGUUACUGAUAUUUUGAAAGUAGUUCCACUGAAACUAAAAAAUGAUACAUUAAAUGAAAUAGGCAAAGAAAUGUCUGUAAUUCCUCUCCAAAACAAUAGAACUAAUUCAACAGACGUUAUCAAUAUAUUUGAAAGACGUGACAAAAGAACAAGCAGAAAAACGGACAGAUUAAACCAAACUACAGCAAGUGUUCCAAAAACGGGUAGAGAAGGUAAAGGUGGUCGAACAAGAACACAAUCUGAGAAUUUGACAGAAGGUGAAGCAAAUUUAGACAAUAAAAAUGGAACGGAAGUAGGAAAUAAAACUGAGAAUGGAGAAAAAGGAAAGAAAGGACGACCUAAGAGUCCUUGUGAACCAAUAGAAAGUGAACCAUAUGUGAAUAUAGAAAUUGUAAAAUAUGGCCGAGAUCCAAAUAAUACAUUUAGUUCUGGUACCAUAGUUCGUGUGGCGUGCGGUAAAGGGUACGGUUUGAACUUAGAUACGAAUGCAACUGCAAAAUGUGUUAGAGGAAGAUGGAAGCCGGAUAAACCGAAAUGUGAAAUCCUUCCAUGUCACGUGCCAACUACAGAAUAUGGUAUUUAUACAAUGGCCCCGGAGAAUGGUCCAGCACCUGGACAAUUAAGUCUUGGACUGAAUCAUGGUGAAGAUAAAGAAUUAAAUGAAACAGAUCCAGUUCCUAACGGACAAGUUGUACAUUUCUCUUGUGAAUAUGGGUACAACGUACAAGGUCCAACCAAUCUCAGAUGCUGGCUGGGAGAAUGGGCUGUUACGAGCAUGCCAGAGUGUGUCGCUGCACCCUGUGAACUUCCUUUACUACACGGUGCGACUUACGAAGCGGGGUACAGGGCCGGACUCACUGUUGCCCACGCGUCGUCAGUGGAUAUAUCUUGUGAACCAGGAAGAUCCCCACCUGCCACACUAAACUGCCAUUUAGGUCGAUUGCAGCCCACUGUUCAUGAUUUUUGUAGACCUCUAGGUUCGUAUUCGCUAUUCGCAGCGAAUCUAACUCGACCGAGACCAACAUCAGAAUAUCAAAGUGGAUCAGAUAUAGUUCGCGAGGAUAUAUCCGAACUAGAACCUGACCUACACGGGAAACCUGUCCUGGAAUGCGGGCCACCAGCUAGGGUACAAGGUACACUUAUAUACCGGGAUGGAACAGAAGUAGAUGGGUCUAUAGGUCUGGAAGGUUAUCCGCAUGGAACAGAAAUAACAUUUAGAUGUAUUGCCUCUAUUAUGGGUGAGAAGACGACUUGGAAAUUGAUUUGUGAACAUGGUGAUUGGGUCGGCAAAAGCUUUAACUGUGAAGAAUUAGAAGCACAAAGCGAGGAGUUACUCAGCAACAACAGCUGCACGUUCAGGAACGAGGAACCGCAUGUCGUAUCCUUCUUCAAUGAUCUAGAAAUUACAGAAACUGUUGACUUCCCACCUGGAUCAGUCAUAAUUUCCAGAUGUAGCGACAUAGGAAAAUAUGCAAUGACUGGUUCUCAAACUAGGAAGUGUAUAGGCGGUACGUGGGAUGGAGUUAAACCGACAUGCUUUGGAUUGAACCAAGAAAAUGACUAUGCUAUGGAGAAACCCCCAACGAUAUUGUUUCGGCACUCUCAAGGUCCUAUCGCUCAGACUAACGACGGCAAACUGCUCAUCUACCCGGGCACAGUGCUUCACAUGGAGUGUCUAUGGAUGAGGAGGUUUGGCAACCCCAAGUGGAACGUCACGCAUUAUAUACCAGAUCCUGAACGUAAAUACCAAGAAGGCUGGACGACGGAUCCAGGACGAGACAGCCAGCUGGAGUACCGGCUCAGCAUCUUAGGCGCGGUGAAGGAGGACUCCGGCAUAUACCGCUGUGAGACACCGGCAAGACAGAGCCAUCAAGUGGAAAUCAUUGUUGAAGAUGUCCACUGCCCACCCCUGCCGAUCAGAAGAGGUCUAGUCGCCAGCGGUGUUGGGACUCGCCUCGGCACUGAGAUCAGGUUCUCUUGUGCCAACGGUAAUGCACUGCUCGGCGCCCACGUGCUCACCUGCAGGGCCUCGGGCAACUGGAGUGCGCCGUUACCUGUUUGUGAAAGUGUAGAAUGUGGUGACGUGGUCCACGAUGGUCCUCUCAACGAGGGCGAGAGGCGGCCGCGGGUGACCGUGGUCUCCCGUGGCGUGGGGGGCAGGGCCGCAUUCUCCUGCGCGCCAGGCUGGGCGCUCAGCGGCGCCGCGGAGACCGUGUGUCUACCUGCCGCUGACUGGUCUAAGCCGUUCCCAGUAUGUAAAGAGGUAUCCUGUCCAGCCCUUCCUCCACCUGCAUCAGGCUACGUUCUGGGACGUGCUCCGUACCGAGCUGGUGACGUGCUUCAAUUCCAUUGCAACCCGGAGCACACGCUGCACGGCAGACCUAUCCUGGUGUGUCAGGACAGCGGCCGGUGGAGCGACAAGCCGCCCACUUGUGCGCAAGCGUGCACAUAUCCCGGCACGACAAUAUCAGGUCGCAUGUCAUCUGUCAAGUUUUAUUACAAGAUAGGAGAGACUGUCUCCUUCACAUGCGAGCCUGGAUAUAGGAUUAAAGGAGCACCGAUGUUACGCUGUCUCAAGAACAGAAAAUGGUCGAAUGCAAUACCAUUAUGCACUCCCAUCGCGAACUACACGUCAUCCGAACUAGUUAUGUUGAAUGGUGACAUCGACGCCAUGUUGUCAGACGCCGCUGUCAGCGUUAUUCCUGACAUCUUGCGGACGCGCGAAACGCCCGCCAUCUUGACACCACAGAGUUUAAAAGCCGCCAUGACACGAGUCGCUGCAACCAGAUUACUCCGCAGAGCACCUAUUGAGACAUACAAAAAUAAAAUUUCUAGAGUAAAUAGAUUACUACGAAGAGAUUCUGAGAGAUAAUUAUAAUUAUUCGUUUAGGAAGUGAUUUUAAAACAAGAU